AACAAGUUCUUAUGCGACGCCACAGAUCUGCGGGAAUGACUGUUUCCCCCCUCCCCGCGGGAUGAAUCGCGCAGUGAUAAUGUGGGGUUCAUGUAGCACAUGGCUGGUAGUAUCAUAUUGGCCUCUCAAGCUGAACCAGGCAAUGACCAAUACUUCGAUUUCCAUACCCCCGAUAGCUACGGCAAGAAAGGGAAACAGAUUCAGUAUAUGGAUACGAUCGAUGCGUAUGAUCGGUGGGCUGAGGUCUACGACACAGAUGGAAACUUCCUCCAAGCCCUAGACACGCUCGAGAUGCAAUCACUCCUCCCGAGAUUCCAUUCGCUGCUCGAAACAAAUAAGAACGGGAAUAAUGAUGACGUUGGACCCAAACUCAUCGAUCUUGGCUGUGGCACGGGUCGGAACACCGUCCCGCUCACCCGGACCGCCAGAGCCACGGCCAUGAUCGUGGGGUUGGAACCGUCGAGCAAGAUGCUUCAGACUGCUCGGGACAGGGUAUCCAAAUUUCUUGGAACCAAGAGUACGGAGAGCUUCGCAUCCACAGCGGUAGAAGCAACCGAGGAACAAGGAGCUGGAGGAGUGUUGUCAGCCGCCAUCGGGAAUGCGGACGGCGUCAUAUCAACUCUUGUGAUGGAACAUGUACCGCUGGACCAAUUCUUCGGUGCCGCAGCUGGAAUGCUGAAGAGAGGUGGCGUGCUGCUGGUGACAAAUAUGCAUUCGGAAAUGGGGUCGAUUAGUCAGGCAGGAUUUGUGGACCCGAACACUGGGGUUAAGAUUCGCCCGACGAGCUAUACACAUACAGUUGAGGAGAUGGUUGAGGCUGCAGAGAAGGUUGGAUUUGAAGUUUUGGGUGACAUUAAGGAGGUGAGAAUUGAUGAGGACUUGGCGGGGAAGUUGGGUAAGAGGGCGAGGAAGUGGUAUGGGGUGUUGGUGUGGUAUGGGGGAAAUUUUAGGAAGAAGUGAAUAGCUAUGUAUGUAGUUUUGUGGUGAACAAGAGAGUUGGAUUGUAGAAGAGUGUUAAGGGAAGGAGGGCGAAUAUAACUAGUAUGAUACUUUUCAUGCGUGCUUAAAGAGUUGAGGGGCAAUAGCGGUUGGAAGUUGCCAAUAUUCUCCUAUUGAUAUCGUAGUGAC